CAUUUACUGCUGUUGAAAUUUUUAAUGAAACGACGAUUUUGAUCUUUUGUACAGCAAUGAAACCCUCGCAGUCAUUUUUUCAGAAAUAUUUGGUAACUAUUGUGAUGAUUCCUUCCAUAAUAGGUAUUCAUAUAGGAUGGAAUUUCUUGCAGAAAAAUCCUACGUUGGUUAAAGAAGAAGAACGAAUUGAUCUUCCAAUAAUAACGGGCUUAAAAUAUAUGAUGAAAAGGAUAGAAAAUCCGGAUGUCUCAAAGGGUUCGGAUCCUAAAUGACGUUCAUCUUCAAUUAUAGUUAUAUGUAAUUUAUUUAAUAUGUAUACCAUCUUGUUUUAAAGUAAUAAAAUGUUUAAAUUAGUUUAUAGAUAAAUUAUAA